AUGUUAUACCGCCAGACAAUUCUUUUGAUGAAAAAGGAAAAACCUGCACAAAAGGAGAAAGCAGAGAAAAAAGCUCCAGUCAAAGAAUCUACAAAGGAGGACUCUAAAGAAAAGGCCAAGGCUGAGAAGAAAGUCUCUGUGAAAGAUGGAAAAGUAGAACCAGAAAAACUUGCAAAGUUUGAGAAAAAAGCCCCAGCCAAAGAUGAAAAGAAAGCUAAGGUCUCUUUGACAGAGGAAAAGGUAGAAAAAGAAGUAAAGGCUAAAACAUCUGAAGCAAAGGUACCAAAGGCCAUAAAGGAAACAAAAACAUCAGAGGGAAACAAAACAAAGCUUAAGACCAAGGAAGAAGAGAAGGAGAAGGUGGAAACCAAUGUUGAGACACAAGAUCAGUAUCAGUUCUGUCGCUAUGUGGUUGACAUGUAUGCUCACGGGGAUUUAUACACAGCUGGUAAGCAGCCAAUGACUCCUGCAAUUUCCCCAGUAAAUGCAACAGCACCUUCACUUCCCUCUAAAAAAGUGAAAGAAGAGCUAAAUAAAAAGGUUCCAGAGAAGAAGGAUGUUCAAGAGUCCAAAAAAGCAGAAACAACAAAAGAAAAUCAGAAAGUGGUGCCUGAAAUAAAGAAAGUGAUGAAAGCAGAACACCUGAAAACUGCAGCAGCUAAAAAAGAGGCUCCAAAAAUAAUUCAAGCUAAAGAAAAGAAGGAAGAAAAGAAAGCAGCCAAAGAUCUGAAGACAAUUAAAAAAAGAAAAAAACCAGAAGAACCCAAAGAGGAGCCAUCUGUAGUAACACCUAAAAAAGCAAAGAUUUUAAGAAGAAAGAAAACAAAAGAACCAGAACCUUUACCAGUUAAAGCAAAAAUUUCUAAACUGAAGAAAACAAAAGAAAAAGCUAAGGAGAAAAAGCUUUCCCCAGUAAAAGAAGCAAAAUCUAUGAAAAUUAAGAAGACAAAAAAAGAGAAACCCAAAGAAGAAAGACUUUCAACUAUAAAACAAGAGCCAGAAGUGCCUAAAGUUGAUGAAUCUAUGCCUGCAAAGGAAGGCACGUGUGGAACUAGUCGCAUUGUCCCUGGUGUGAUCAUUAUUAUGUCUGAAUCUCUCACGGGUCAAUCUGAUGCAGGAAGAGCUAUCACUGUCGACUCAAUAUUAAAAGAUGGACUAUCAAAAGAACAAGAGGAAGAAGUGUUUAAGGCAGCAAGGAAAGAAACGGAAAGGGAAGAAGAUCAAGUAAUGGAGUCAUUACCAACAGAAAAAGAAGAGGAAAAAAUUGUUAUACCAUUGCAAACAGAAAUAGAAGAUAAAGUUUGGGAAAAAGUUCUAGAGCAUGAAAAAGAAAAGAAAGAAGAGAAAGUAACUGUGCCCAUUGUAGAACCUAAAAUGGAAAUUGAACCUGAAAAACCACUUCCACCUGUUGCAGAGCAUGAAGAGCAAAAGAAAGAAGAGAAAGUAACUGUGCCUGUUGUAGAACCCAAAAUGGAAAUUGAACCUGAAAAACCCCUUCUACCUAUUGCAGAGCCAGAAAAGCAGCAAGAAGAAAAAACUAUUAUUGUCCCACAACCAGAAGUGGUUGUAAAAGAGCGGGAAAGAAUUAUCACACCAAUACCAACAGAACCUGAAAAGGAAAAAGAAGAACAGAUAUUGUGUCUGCCAGUAACAAAAGUACCCGAAAAGGAGGCGGAAAAGCCAUCAGUGGUGACACCGACAGAGCUUCUUAGACAUGAAGAAGUACUUCCAGUUGUGGAAAUAAAAGAGCCCUUCGCGCCAGAAGAAAAACCUAAGGAAGUAGAGAUUAAAAAGGAACAUAUUAUAAGAGUGCAGGUCAUAGUGUCUCCCCAACCAGAGCACACAAAGCAAUAUGAACAGGAGCCAAGAGAAACAAUUAAAGAAGAACCUGCAAGGCCAAUAGAGCCACAGCCUACAGAAAUAAUUGAAGAAUUUGAAGAAACAAAUAUUUCAAAAGAGCCCACAAAGCAAUUUGAACCGAAGCCAAGAGAAAUAAUUGAAGAAGAACCUUUAAAGCCAAUAGAGCCACAGCUAACAGAAAUAAUUGAAGAAUUUGAAGAAAAGGAUAUUUCAAAAGAGGCUACCAAAGCAGAGAAAGGGCAAACAAAUGCUCUUCUGAAGAUAUUAGCAGCUCUACAGGACUUUCAAGAAGGAAUUGCUAGAUUGGGAGGGGACUUGAAUCUUUCAUUGUAUCCACUAUAUAAUAUUACCACAGAAACACCAGUGAUAAGUCAUGAAGCAGAACAAAAAAAAACUAAAAAAGCUGUUCCACUGAAGACACUGAAAAAAGAGCAAGCUGAGCAAAAGAAAGAGGCAACAGGGAAGAUACUCAAAAAAGAUUUGGCUAAACCUGCAAAAGAAACACUUGCAAAAAAAAUUGAAAAAAAGUCAGCCAUGAAAGAAAUCUCAGUGAAGAAACAUGAAGAUGUGUCAGAGUCCAAGAAAGAAAAGAAAAUUGACCCAGCAGCAACAAAGAAAGAAAGCACACCAAAAAAACAGGAAGAGCCUGCUAAACCUAAGAAAAAACAAGAAUUGCCAGUGGAACCUAAGAAAGAAACAUCACUAGACCAUAAAACAGAACAUGCAGGGGAGUCCAGGAAAAAACAAAAAAAGCAAGCAGAACCCAAGAAGAAGCAUACAAAGACUUCAGAAUCCAAGGAAAAAAAUAAAGAAUCAGCACAACCCAAGAAAAAGCAUUCUGAGUCAGUAGAUUCUAAGAAAAAACAGGAUGAACCAACAGGACCCAAUAAAAAGCAUGUUGAACCAAAUAAAACACUGGCAGCAGAACUUAUAAAAAGGCAUACAGAGCCUGAAAAACCUGAGAAACAGCACAAGAAGCCUGCGGAAACCAGGAAAACAGAAGAAAGGUCAGCAGAACUGAAGAAAAAGCACAAGGAGCAAUCAGAAUCAUUAAAACAGCAUGUAGAGCCAACAGAUAUCAUGAAAAAACAUGAUGAGCCAGAACCAAAGAUAAAGAAUUUUGAGCCCACAGAUCCCAAAAAAAAGCACAAAGAACCAGCAGAACCCAAGAAAAGACAAGAACAGUCCACAGAACGGAAAAAGACACAAGAGAAACCAGAGGAGCAUGUAGAACCAUCAGAUUCAACAAAAAAACAAGAAAAGCCAGCUGAACCAAAACAAAAGUAUAAAACACAUUUAGAGCCAGCACAACCAAAGGAAAAAUAUGGAGAAUUAACAGAUCCCAAGAAAAAGCAGGUGGAGCAAGCAGUGUCCAAGACAAAACCGGAAAAGCCAGCAGAAUCCAAGAAAAAGCAUGUGGAGCUAUCAGAUUUCAAUAAAAAACAUGAUGAGCCAGAAAAACCUAAUAAAAAGCAUCAAAAGCCAGAAGAACCCCAAAGAACGCAUGUAGAUACAUCAGAAUCUAAGAAAAAACAUGUAGAGCCAGCAUCACCCAAGAAAAAACAUGAGGAUCCAUUAGAAUCAAAGAAAAAGCAUGAAGAAACACCAAUAACAAAGGCAAAACAGGAGGGGCCAGGAAGACCCAAGCAAAAACAGGAAGAGCCUGUAGAACCCAUAAACAAAAAUGAGGAGCCUUCAGAAUGUAUAAAAAUGCAUGUAGAACUAUCAGAAUCCAAGACAAAACAUGAAGUGCCAGCAGAACCAAAAAUAAAACAUGAAGAUCUAGUAGAACACAUGAAACUGCAUAAAGAGCUAGCAGAAUCCAAGAUAAAACAUGAAGCGUCCAUGGAACGAAAGAAAAUGCUUGACACGCCAGUAGUACUUAAGAAAAAACAUGAUGAGUCAGCAGAAGCCAAGGAAAAGCAGAGAGAGUCAUCAGAAUCCAAGGCAAAGCAUAAAGAGUCAGCAGAACCCAAGAAAAAGCAUGAAGAGGCAGCAGAACCCAAGAAAAAACAUGAAGAGACAACAGAACCUAAGAAAAAACAUGAAGAGCAAUCAGAGUCCAAGAUAAAACAUGAACAGUUAGCAGAACCCAAGAAAAAGCAGGUAGAGCCAUCAGAACCCAAGGAAAAGCAUUUAAAGCCAUCAGAAUCUAAGACAAAACAUAAAGAGCCUGCAGAAUCCAAGGAAAAUCAUGAAGGAACAGUAGAACCCAAGAUAAGGCACAAAGAGCCAGUGGAACCCAAUAAAAAACAGGAAGAUUCUGCGGAACCCAAGAAAAAGCAUAAAGAGACAACAGAACCUAAGAAAAGCUAUAAAGAGCCACCAGAAUCCAAGACAAAACAUGAACAGCUAGCAGAACCCAAGAAAAAGGAGGUAGAGCAAUCAGAACCCAAGGUAAAACAUAAAGAGUCAGCGGAACCCAGGAAAAAGUAUGAAGAGCCAUCAGAACCAAAGAAAAAGCAUUUAGAGCCAUUAGAAUCCAAGAUAAAACAUGAAGAGCCAGCAGAACCCAAGAAAAAACAUGAAGAGCAAUCAGAGAUCAAGAUAAAACAUGAACAGCUAGAAGAAUCCAAGAAAAAGCCUGAAGUGCCAGCAGAACCAAAGAAAAAGCAUUUAGAGCCAUUGGAAUCCAAGACAAAACAUGAAGAGCCAGCAGUACCCAAGAAAAAACAUGAAGAUCAAUCAGAGUUCAAGAUAAAACAUGAACAGCUAAAAGAACACAAGAAAAAGCAUGAAAAGCCAGCAGAACCCAAGAAAAAGCAUUUAGAACCAUUAGAAUCCAAGACAAAACAUAAAGAGCCAGCAGAACCCAAGAAAAAAGAUGAAGAGCAAUCAGAGUUCAAGAUAAAACAUGAACAGCUAAAAGAUCCCAAGAAAAAGCAUGAAGAGCCAUCAGAACCCAAGAAAAAGCAUUUAGAUCCAUUAGAACCCAAUAAAAAAUAUGAAGAGCAAUCAGAGUUCAAGAUAAAACAUGAACAGCUAAAAGAACUUAAGAAAAAGCAUGAAGAGCCAGCAGAACCCAAGAAAAAGCAUUUAGAGCCGUUAGAAUCCAAGACAAAACAUGAAGAGCCAGCAGAACCCAAGAAAAAGCAUGAAGAGGAAACGGAGUUCAAGAUAAAACAUGAAAGGCUAGAAAAACCCAAGAAAAAGCUUGAAGAGCCAGCAGAACCCAAGAAAAAGCAUUUAGAGCCAUUAGAAUCCAAGACAAAACAUGAAGAGCCAGCAGAACCCAAGAAAAAGCAUGAAGAGCAAACAGAGUUCAAGAUAAAACAUGAACAGCUAGAAAAACCCAAGAAAAAGCUUGAAGAGCCAGCAGAACCCAAGAAAAAGCAUUUAGAGCCAUUAGAAUCCAAGACAAAACAUGAAGAGCCAGCAGAACCCAAGAAAAAGCAUGAAGAGGAAACGGAGUUCAAGAUAAAACAUGAAAAGCUAGAAAAACCCAAGAAAAAGCUUGAAGAGCCAGCAGAACCCAAGAAAAAGCAUUUAGAGCCAUUAGAAUCCAAGACAAAACAUGAAGAGCCAGCAGAACCUGAGAAAAAGCAUGAAGAGCAAACAGAGUUCAAGAUAAAACAUGAACAGCUAGAAAAACCCAAGAAAAAGCUUGAAGAGCCAGCAGAACCCAAGAAAAAGCAUUUAGAGCUAUUAGAAUCCAAGACAAAACAUGAAGAGCCAACAGAACCCAAUAAAAAACACGAAGAGCCAGCAGAACCCAAGACAAAACAUAAAGAGCCUGCAGAAUCCAAGGAAAAGCAUGAAGGAACAGUAGAACCCAAGAUAAGGCAUAAAGAGCCAGUGGAACCCAAUAAAAAACAGGUAGAGCCAUCAGAAUCCAAGGCAAAACAUAAAGAUUCAGGGGAACACAAGACAAAGCAUGAAGAGACAACAGAACCAAAGAAAAAGCAUUUAGAACCAAUAGAAUCCAAGACAAAACAUGAAGAGCUAGCAGAACAAAAGAAAAAGGAAGUAGAGCAAUCAGAACCCAAGGUAAAACAUAAAGAGUCAGCGGAACCCAGGAAAAAGCAUAAAGAGCCAUCAGAACCAAAGAAAAAGCAUUUAGAACCAAUAGAAUCCAAGACAAAACAUGAAGAGCCAACAGAACCCAAGAAAAAACAUGAAGAGCAAUCAGAGUUCAAGAUAAAACAUGAACAGCAAAAAGAACCCAAGAAAAAGCUUGAAGAGCCAGCAGAAGCAAAGAAAAAGCAUUUAGAGCCAUUAGAAUCCAAGACAAAACAUGAAGAGCCAACAGAACCCAAUAAAAAUAAGGUAGAGCCAUCAGAAUCCAAGGCAAAGCAUAAAGAGUCAGCUGAACCCAAGAAAAAGCACGAGGAGCCAGCAGAACCCAAGAAAAAACAUGAAGAGCAAUCAGAGUCCAAGAUAAAACAUGAACAGCAAGCAGAAUACAAUAAAAGGCAUGACGAGCUAGCAGAACCCAGGAAAAAGGAUUUAGAGCCGUCAGAAUUUAAGAUAAAACAUGAAGAGCCAGUAGAAUACAAGAAAACGUAUGAAGGGAAAGUAGAACCCAAGAUAAAGCAUGAAGAGCCGGCAGAAUACAAGAAAAGACAUGAAGGCAAAGUAGAACCCAGAAUAAAACAUGACUUGUCAAUUAAACAUAUGACAGACAUCCCACUAAAGAAACAUGAAGAGCCAAAAGAACCUAAGAUAAAACAUAAAUUGUCAGCAAAAAUUAAGAACGAGACCCCAGUGCAAAAACAAGAAGAGCAAACAGAACCUAAGAAGAAAGAUGAAGAGCCAACAGAACUAAAUAAAAAAGAUAAAAAGCCAACAGACAUCCCUGUGGAAAAACAUGAAAAGCCAAUAGAAUCCACCAAAACACAUGAAGAGUCAACAGAACCCAAGAAAAAGCAUGAAUUUUCAAAAGAAAUUAAGAAAGAGACACAUAUGAAAAAGCAUAAGAAGCCAACAGAACAUAAAGAAAAAGACGGACCAAUAGAACCAAAGAAAACACAUGAAAAGGCAACAGAGCCUAAAAAGAAAGAUGAACAGUCAAAGGAACCCAAGAUAGAAUAUGAAGAGCCAACAGAACCCAAGGAAAAACACAAAGAGCCAACAGAACAUAAAAACGUAACAAAACAUGGAGAGCCAACAGAACCUAAGAAAAAGCAUGAAGAACCAAAAGAACCUGAGAAAAAAGAUAAAGAGCCAACUGAACCCAAGAAGAAACCUGGAGGGCCCACAGAACCCAAGAAAAAAGAGGACGUGCCAACAGAACCUAUGAAAAAACAUGAAGGACCAACAGAGCCCAAGAAAAAACAUGAUGUUCCAACAGAACCUAAAGAGAAACAUGAAGUGCCUACAGAAUCCAAUGAGAAUCAAGAGCUAGCAGAACCUGAAAAAGACCUUACAGUGAAACAUGAAAAGCCAACAGAAUCUAAGAACAAGCUUGAAUCAUCAGCAGAAAUUAAGAAAGAGACCCCAAUGAAAACACAUGAAAUGAUAGCAGAACCCAAGAAAAAACAUGAAGAGCCAACAGAAUCCAAGAAGAAACAUGAUGAGCCAACAGAACCUAAGACACAACAUAAAGAGCCAAUGGAACCCAAGACAAAACAGGAACAGACAAUUGAACCAAAGAUUAAACCUGAAGAGAAAGCAGGACACCAUCAAAAAGAUCAAUUACCCACUGAAUUAAAAACAGAGACUCCAUUGAAAGAACAUGAAAAGCCAACAGAACCCAAGAAGAAACAGGAGGAGCCCAUGGAACGGAAAAGAAAACAGAAGGAGACGGAACAGCCACAGAAAAAGACCCCAGUGAAAGAACAUGAAAAGCCAACAGAACCCAAGAAGAAACAAGAGCAGCCAGAAGAACUAAAGAAGAAACAGGACGAGCUAGCAGAACCAAAGAAAGAGACCUCAGUGAAAGUUCAUGAAAAAACAAAAGAACCCAAGAAGAAACAGGAGCAGCCAGAAGAAUUAAAGAAGGAACAGGAAAAGCCAGUAGAACACAAGAAAGAGACUUCAUUGAAAGAACAUGAAAAGCCAACAGAACCCAAGAAGAAACAGGAGGAGCCCAUGGAACUGAAAAGAAAACAGAAGGAGACGGAACAGCCACAGAAAGAGACCCCAGAGAAAGAACAUGAAAAGCCAACAGAACUCAAGAAGAAACAAGAGCAGCCAGAAGAACUAAAGAAGAAACAGGACGAGCCAGCAGAACCAAAGAAAGAGACCUCAGUGAAUGUUCAUGAAAAAACAAAAGAACUCAAGAAGAAACAGGAGCAGCCAGAAGAAUUAAAGAAGGAACAGGAAAAGCCAUUAGAACACAAGAAAGAGACUUCAUUGAAAGAACAUGAAAAGCCAACAGAACCCAAGAAGAAACAGGAGGAGCCCAUGGAACUGAAAAGAAAACAGAAGGAGACGGAACAGCCACAGAAAGAGACCCCAGUGAAAGAAGAUAAAAAGCCAACAGAACCCAAGAAGAAACAAGAGCAGCCAGAAGAACUAAAGAAGAAACAGGAUGAGCCAGCAGAACCAAAGAAAGAGACCUCAGUGAAAGUUCAUGAAAAAACAAAAGAACCCAAGAAGAAACAGGAGCAGCCAGAAGAAUUAAAGAAGGAACAGGAAAAGCCAGUAGAACACAAGAAAGACCUCCUAGCGGAAGAGCAUGAAAAGCCAUCAGAACCCAAGAAGAAAGAGGAAGAGCCAGGAGAACCCAAAAAAGAGGCUACAGUGAAAAAAGAGCUGCCUUCAGAACACAAGAAAGAGACACCAGAAAAAGAACAUAAAGAGCCAGCAGUGGCAAAGAAAGAAAUAACAGUGCGAAAACCGAAACAAGUACCUGCAGAAAUAAAGAAAGAAACCCUGGAGACAACUGUUGAAAAAAUAUCAAAGGAAGAAUCUCCAGAGAAGCCACAGAAAACAACAGAGGAAACAAAAGAAAUACCAGUGGCAAAAACUGAAAAGAAAACAGAAGAAAUAAAGAGAGAAAUUCCAGCAGAAAAACUGGAAGAACACAUAGGACGUAAGAAUGAAACAACAGGACAAAUCCCGGAAAAGGAAUCUAAGAAAACAACCAAAGAAACAACAGCAGAUGAGACUGGAAAGAAACUGGAACAAUCAAAAACAGUCAAAGUUAAAGCAGGAAAACGUCAAGGGAUCUUGAAGACUGAACCAGCUGUUGAUGAGGAAAAGACAACUGCAAAAAACAUCACCGAAGACAAAUCUAAGAAAAAGACAGCCACAAUAGCUGAAGAGAAACCUGCAAAGACAGAAGCAAAUGUGACAGACAUGAAAGGAAAAGAGAAAGUCAAAGAAAAAGAAAAAACAAUUGAGGAAAAAGCAUCAAAGGAAGAAGUUAAGACAGAACAUGAAGAAAUCCUCUCUGCAAAGGAAGGUUCUCCUGACUAUCUACAGAGCGUCUUAAGAGAUGCUUUCAGCAUCAUCAAUGAAUUUGGGGAAGAUGGCUUCCAUUAUUUGCAAGAUUUUGUCUAUGAUCACUUUACUGCAGUUGAACACACGGAAGGUUCUCCUGACUAUGUCCAGGCUGUUUUGAGAGAUGCUUUCAGCUCCGUUAGUGAAUUUGGAGAAGGUUAUAUUCACAUUGUCCAGAAUAUCUCUUAUAAUGGACUUGAAAAACUGUCUCAUUUUGGAGGAGAUUGGCUUCAGUUCUUCCAGAAUUUCUUCCAAGAUAGCUUUAAUACUUUUACUCAGCAUGGAGAAGAAUGGGCUCAGAUUUUCCAGAACUUCUCUCAUGAUGUCUUCAAUAAACUUGAAGAUUAUUCUCAGUUCUUCCAGAAUCUCAUCUAUGAAGGACUUGAUAAAGUCACUCAGUUUGGAGAAGAUUGUGCUCAGUUCUUCAAAAAUCUCUUCCAUAAUGGACUUGACAAACUUAGUCACUUUGGACAAGAUUGCAUUCAGUUUUUACAGAACUUCUACAAUGAUAGUAUUAAUAAAGCCAGUGAAAUUGGAGAAGGUCUUCUUCAGUACUUCAAGGACUUAUUCUAUGAUAUACCUUAUAAGUUCAAUCAGUUAAUGGAAGAUCUUAUACACAAUUUCCAAAGUGUCUUCUAUGAUGGGCUCAAUAGGUGUGGUCAAUUUGGAACAGACCUUUUUCACUAUUGCCAGUGUUUUUUCUAUGAUACUCUGAAUUGGCUUAAUAAAUUUAAAACAGAUCUUUAUCAGUAUUUCCUCAAUCUUGCCUAUGAGGGGACUAAUAGACUAACUGACUUUGGAAAAGGUCUCCUUGACUACUUCCAGGAUCUUUUUUAUGGUGGACUUAACAAAUUCAACCAAUACAAAGAAGAUUUUCUUCAGUACAUAGAAAAUCUCUUCUAUGAUGGGCUCAAUAAUAUUAUUCAGAUUGGAAAAGAUAUUCUUCACUUCUUUCAAAGCAUCUUCUACGGUGGAGUUGACAAAGCUUCUGACUUCAUAGAAGGAAUAUCUCAAUAUUUCCAAAGUCUCUUCUAUGAUGGACUUGACAGAUUUACUACAUUUACAGAAGAUCUUAUAAACUACUUUCAGAGUCUUUAUAACAACGCACUUCAAAAUUAUGGAUUUCCUUUCCUCACUACUCCAGUCUACAGUCAGGAACAAGAUUCAAGUCCUUCACAAUCGGAAGAAGAUACGAAGACAGGAGUACAUGGACAAUAAACAAUAACAUCUGAUACUGUAUUUACUAACAGAAUAUUUUUGAAAAAAAAUAUAUUUGCAAUGAGUGCUCAAGGAACAGGUCAUAAGACAGAGAAGGAUUUUACAUCUGUAAGUGCCAUGAGAAUAAGAAAGGAGCACAACAUAUAAGGAUGCGUCACGACAAGGACAUUCAGUCCUUCAUUAUUUGACAAUACCAGAAGCCUAGAUUUGAAGCAAUAACUGCAAACUGCAAUGAAGCGUGCUUAGGUGCUUCUAUAUUUACCACUGUGUCUCCAACCAGCACAGGGAAAAUCACUGCAGGUAGAGUCAAUGGUACCAGCUUCCUUGUGUUAUCAGCAAUGGCAGUAAAUGGUACUUCUCUAGGCGAACUGUAUAGGGAUUGACAUAAAACACUUAUGUAGACAUGGUAAAGUCUUAACCACUAGAACACUAUAAAAUCAAAACAUCAUGCUGCCCAAACUGUAAGGGUUGUGUUGUGGUUAAUUCUUACUUAAUGGUGCUAUGCUGUUGAACAGUAUAAAGCCCAUUCAUGAAAUGCUUUCAAUUUGCUGUGUCUUAGAAACCACGGGCACAUGUCUUAAAGGUCUCUUACACAGUAUCUAAAUUUCUUAUGCCAUGCAAACUAUGUAAAAAGGUUGAUGUUUCAGGUCUAUAUUUAGACCUCUGGAAAAUAUUAUUUAACUAUAUCAACCUUGUACAGCGAUUGUUUGCAGGCAAAAACAAUUUGGUAAAUUGACCAUAAGAGACCAUAAUCAUGCUGCUUUAAAUAUUUCAAUGUCUUGAAUGUAUUUAGAAGUAGUUAGAAUUUUUUUUUAAUUCAAGUGUUGGCGAGAUCAGUAUAUUGAGUUUAUUUGUGAACAUGCCAUACUGUAUAUACAGUAUAAACCUAGACAAAAUUUUGCAUGGUAUGAAGAGUGUACGUGAGGUGGUGCACAAUUAGAUCAAUGGCUUAAGGAGGACUUUAACCAAUCACCACCUCCAUUUUGCAGUUUUUGUGCAACCGUUUGGUGUUGAAGAGUAUCAGUUUAACAUUUGUGGUCAUAGAUGUUUUGCACAUCAGUGAUUAAAUAAAUAUAUAUAUAUAUAUAUAUAUAUAUAUAUAUAUAUAUUUCAUUAAGUUUAAGUUUCCCAAAAUAUUUUGCCUUAUUACUGUUUUCCUUGUGUAAUCUACACUGGAAAAUGAUCAGCCGCGGCGCAAUAUGUCUAUAAACGAAUAAGCCGUGAACAUAACGCACAGUUAUAAUGCCGUCUAUGGUGUGUUAGUUUAUGUUUAGAGGAACCAUUAAUAAAUCAAAGGCUUGAUGUGUAAUCACA